UGACACAUUCGCUAUGUUGUUCCCCUGUUUUAAAAUGGUGGCAGAUUCAGAAGCUUAAUGCUGAAGGAUAGUUGCAAAUAGCCAUGUAGCAUUAUUGUUUUGAAGGAACAAACAAAAGAUCAUCAUGCUAAACGCAGAGGUAGAAACUCACAUUAAGCAAAACUGCCAAUGGACGAAGCUACCGCAAAGCAUCAAGCAGACACUGGGAAACAACCCAAAGCACUAUGACAAAUGUGUUAUAGAAUACAGUGUGAAGAAUCAGCUGAGGUACAAAGGAAAUUUAGUUCGCCAUGUUAAAAGAGAUGAAAGAAAAUACUAUGAAGAAUUGGUUACAUACAGCCGUCAACAUCUUAUGCUUUACCCAUACCACAUAUCAGAUGUUGUUGUGGAAGGUCUGAGAAUCACACCAUUUGCAUAUUACUGUGACAUGAUGUUGAACAUCAUAUCCCAAGAGAAAAGUUAUGAUUCACUUCCAAAUUUCACUGCUGCUGAUUGCCUGAGACUUCUUGGUAUUGGAAGAAACCAGUACAUUGAAAUAAUUAACCAAUGCAAGUCAUCUAAGAGAUUUUUUCGACGCAAACCUGCUAGGGAGCUAUUGCCAACAAAGCCAGUCACUCAAAAAGUCAUACAGCCCUGGUGGAAAGUUUGUAUUGGCUUUAUAACAGAAGAUGACAUCAAGAUGUGCACAGCUAUAGAACACAGCGUUGUUGAUAAAUUAAUCGAUGAAGGACCAGGGAUUUGUGGCAAAAUUAACAAGGAAGUUAUAUCAGGUCUUUAUAACAAAGGACUCAUUUAUUUCAACAUUUUUGUCGAAGACGAUGACACAAUUGUUGUUCCACCCUUGGAGAACUUCGUGAUGAACCGUGUGCUUGGUGACUAUAUGGAAACAAUGCUAUACAAAAUUUUUGUAUCUAUUGACGAGCAAACGAAAAUAUCAGAGCUCGCGCAAGUUCUAGAAAUUGAUAUUAAUCUGGUCAAGCAAGCUGUUGCUGUAUUCUGUCGUCUUGGCCUCGCACGAAAAAAGAAUGUCGACCUCGAUGCCAGUAAAUUGGAUCCUUCUUGGAAUGACAUCACCCAACCCGUUCCCAGAAGCUUUGGAGGAAGCCAAGCGGACCUUCUCAUUGACGUUGUUUCCAAAAACUCGGAUCGCUCUGGUACCCAGACACCAAUAUCAGCUUCAUCUUCCACAACAGAUAUGACUUCGGACAAUGAAAUAUCCACUGUUUUGUCUCCAGAUUCUUCAACACCUGGGAAAAGAAUCGCGUUUUUAUUCGACUCAACUCUUACUGCGUUUCUCAUGAUGGGAAACCUAUCGCAGGGUCUUAAGAGACACUCAGUUACAAUGUUCGAAGUUGGCAAACUAACUGACGAGUCAAUGGACAGCCUACUACAAGAGCUUGAAAAGGUUGAGAACGUGGCUGAAGGUGAAGCAAGGCGAUAUUUUGAUCACGCUGUUGUUUUAAAAAGCACGAUCCAGUUUCUACGAAAUAACAAGGAACUCGGAUGCGAAGAGGAAAAUGGAAACAUGUUAGCUCUGGAUUUGCUGCGCUGUGAAAGCAUGAACAGCCUCGAACCCGCUGCUUGUGCGAGGAUACUGAACAAGCGAUACAGCUUGCUUAUCUCCAUGGCGCCGCUUAGCAACGAAAUCCGGCCACUAGCUAGUUGCUCUCCUCCGCAUUUAGGCCCAGCAAUCCCAGAGAUUAAUUCAGUCUGGUUCAAAUUGUUUCUUUAUUCCAAAAUAAAAAAUGGACCACCUUCUAUGCUUUUGGUAAAAGGAACUCGAUUAAAAAAGCUACCGAAAAUUUUUCGGAACUUUGAAAGACUCCAGAUUACGACGUGGGGACACGAUCCGGCUGUUGUACCAACAUCGAAUGUUCUAAUGUCACUCAACGAUGCUUUGUCGCAUUCGCCCGUUUUAGUUCAGGGUCAUGGACUAUAUGGUGAAGGUGAUAUUGAGAAUGUCUCGUUUCCAGUGAACGACGAUACACUUAAAGGAGAUGGAGGCAAAACGAGCAACCGAUGGUGCGAAAUCGUCCGAUCUUUAGAUGAAUGUUUAGACUUAAAUACGUCCUGCGGAUAUAUAACCCUGUUGAACAUCGCUGCGCGAAAACGGGCGAAGUUACGACAAAUGCCGAAUAUUACGACACUCGCAUCUUAUGACUACGAAUCGGAAUGUGAUGGGGACGAUGGGUUGACUAUGAAAGCUGCUGAAAGCGAAGGUAGCAAUGUUGAAGACAUGCAGGACCCAAGUGAAAUAGAAAAUGGUUCUAAUUCUGGCGAGACACUGUCUAAAGACGGGAAGUGUACAGAGGAGAUUUCAGAGAUAAGUGAUGCAUGUGAAAAAUCUAGCAAAAGUAAAGACAGUGGUUUAGAACCCCUUAAUGGCGAUAAAAGCCUAGUUAACGGACACUGGUUCGAAACACCACCAAUGAGCCCCUCGAGGGAUAAGAUUCCGAAUGUGACGUCAUGCGAUAACGUUGCGGAGGACCAGCAUUGGGUGCCACUGCAUGUGACGUACGGAGUUCCGUUGUUCGAUGACGUUUUGAAUGAAGAGAUUUGCUCAAAGCUAUCUUCAAAAGGACUUUGUCGACCCGAAAGCCUCGAAAAGAUGCUAAGUUCUAGCCGCCAGCUGAGUCUCGAGCUUCUGGACUUCAUUGCCCAAAACCAGGAAAGUCUACCAAACCAAGACAUAGCAAACGAGCCUCAUCUCCACGACAAGCCUCUACCUCAUCCGAACUGUAGUUUAAUUUUCAAUAAUGGCGUUCUUAGUCAAUGGGACGGUAAAUAACGAACUGCGUACAUUUAGAUUUUGUAAUGUUUGGAUUUGUUGUUUUUCAUCUUUCUAUGCCCAUCUGAAAUCAGUCAGCAUUACGCCUUCGAUCCAGUGUUUAAAAGAUGUUGAUGUUUAUUUCUGUAGACUCCUUCCUAAAAAGAAGGAUGCGUUCGUAGGAUUAAAAAGGCCUCACUGGUGGUGGAUGAGUGCUAGAUGAUUGACACUACCAUGUAUCGUAGGAAGAGUAGAACUAUUAGGAGCACUAUUUUACGAGUACGAUAGAAUGAAAAGGAGUUGUUCAUUGCAGAACAAAGGAUUUUUUAUAACUUUUGCCAGGACACGAGCUCCUAGGAGCAAUAGUAGUUACAUCCCCGCUAUCUUUUCAGUCGAUUUCCCCACCUAAUGGGGUAGGUAGGGUUUGCCUAUGAUUUCUCUGCAACCGUACUCCUUGUUGACAUCCACCCACAUUAUGUCCCGUUGCGCCUAUCUCCUGGCUUCGGCAUUCCACUGUCAAAUCUGGUAUUACCCUGAGGCGCUGAUUUCAGAAGUUUAAAACGUAGAAAAUAUGAUUAAUAAAUAACAAAUCAGAUUUCGUAAAUAGAUUAACGUUAAAUGUAGAAAUUAUAAUUAUUAUUUCACAUUUUCUGGGCCAAAACAUUUUUUUUAAGUAAGAUGGUUCUGUACUGGCCUCUGAUUUUUCAGUAUCGUGAACAAAAAAUUCAAUGAUUGAUUUAAGUAUUAGCAAAAGUCGAAAAACAUCUUGAAAUAUUUUUGAUUAAUAUUCCAAGUGAUUUCAAACCUCUUUAGUUGGUUGGCUUUGAUGAAUUAUCAGGUCUGUCUACCAGAUUGUGAAAGUUUUAUCUUAGAAUAUUCUUCAAGCCAUGUAUUAUGUUUGUGAAAAUAUUAAAGAGUAUUUUGCUGAUAGCUAGAGUCUCUAUCGCAAUAAAUUAUGCAAAUUUUUUAUUUUAGGCCAUCACCAAAAGUUUGUGUGGCGAGUGUGGCGAGUUGGCAGUCAGUCAACAUAUUAUACGGACCCAGCCAACUUUGUCACUCCCUCCUUUCCACUAAGCACCGCAACGUUCUCUUUUCGUUAUUUUUCUGAAGCAUCCAUGAAUUGGUUUAUUUCAUUCAGUAUUUACAACAUUUCUCCUUUCCUUUAUUCCUUUGCAAUAUAACAUUGCAACAAUCAUCAUGAUAAUCAUCAAUCAUUUCUAAUCAGCACCAAUCAUUAUCAUCAUCAACUUCAUCUUUGUCGCCGACGUUUUCAAGACCGAUUGGAUCUCAGUCGUGUCUUAUGAAUUGAUGAUUUGUUUUCGAUUACAUAGGAGUAGAGCGUCGUGAUUUUUCAUUUCCAACCUCACUUCAGUGUCCUAAUUGGCCAAUCAAAUCAAUCGCCAAACACGAAAUCUUUCAGUUGCCGACUUUGUAAUACAUUAAACGCCAAAAAUUUCGGACAUUUAUAUUUUCGGACAGUAGAUGCAUCCGAAAUUUUUACAGCCCGAAAUCAUUUUGUAGUCCGAACUUUUUACCGUCCAAAUUCUUUGCACUAAUGAAAAAUAUCUCAAAAGUUUUUCGAAAAACGAUUACCAAGAAAGAAGAAAGAAGAAGAAAGGCUGCAGCAGCAUCGAUAAAUUUAUUCUUUGGUCAAAAAGAAGGUCAAAAAUUCCUUGAACAUUUCUUUGGUGGGCCUUCUGUUGUUGUUCGCAACUGUGGCGUCGCUGUUUCUUCAACUUCUUCAUACAGAAUAUCCGGAUCUUCAUUUCUAAGAAAAACAAACUAGGUUACUUGUCCCGUACGUUUAUAUUGUGAAAUGAAUCGAAUUUGGAAUUGGCAGAACUUAUCAUAUAUCCUUUCGGAAUUUUCACAAUUUGAAAUGAUUAUUUUCAAAAAUUUAACUGAUAUCUUACCUUUGCUCUUCCUGAUGUCUUUGUGCCAUCCACUGCUUAAAUCUUGCAAAUUCUGAUUCACUCAUUCUUUAACUACGAUUUUUUGUCAACCUUCCAAUCCAACAAGAAAAUUUUAACUACCUUGCGCGCCAAAAUGUUCGUUACGUGAGCAAUAUUUUAUCUUAAUUGUCGGCUCCUUUUAAAAAAUUUUAGAUGAUGGAAAUCUUUAUGAACAGCGAUCAACAGUUUUUCCCUCAAGAUGGAUUAAGAUUCCUCAAUAAUUUCCACUCAACAAGCAAAUACAAGCAACUUAUGUAAGAUUUAAGACCUUUUGAGGGUCUUUUUGGUUCCACUUCAUAACAAAGUCUCGUAUUCAAAAAACGCUCUUGAGCAUUAGCCGCUAUAAAAUUCAACUAUACUAUAAUCAUCUAUCAUUUUAUGAAUUUAUUAUAAUGAUGCAUUGUACAAAUCAAUGAUAUCUUCAUUAAAAUCGUUUUCUCUAUCAUUGCUGUCAAUUAGAUUUGCCCUGUCGUUAUCAUCGGUAGACACAAUUUCGUUAUUCAGCAGCUCUGUGACAUCAGCUGGGUAGCAUACAUCACUCCAAACAACUGAUCAGCUUUCAUCCCAUCCAUGAUUAGCUGGGUUGUCCAUAUCCACCAUUAAGCGAUUUCAUCGCUGAUUCUGAGCUUUAAAUUCAAGGUGGCAGCAAGCUUAGAUCGGUUAUUUUUAUUUCAUUCGUAAAUUUCCGCAAAAAAAUUUUCUUCCUCACGUCGUUUACCGUUUGCAUCCUUUCGUUUUCAUAAAAAACGUUUAUAAACUUUUCCAAUCUCCUCUCAACUUUUUCGGGUACUUGAAGCGUGGACCCCAGAUUCGUAAAUAUAUUCAGGUAAUCUAUCUUUUUGCCAUUUGUCUCUAAAAAGCUAUUUUCAAAAAAAUAGAAACAUGGACGUUUCCUGAAAAGGCAAGAAGAUCGAUUAGUGUUCCGUUAUCAAUCAAUACUUGAAUUCCUGCAAAAUCAAGGGAAACAAAGAGGGAUAGGACAUUGAUAUCCCCGGAAGGUGAUCUGACAGAAUCACCAUUCCUAUCAGCUUUGUAUACGCUUCUUCGUGAUUGCUCUUCAUUCUCUCAUCUAUGACAACUUCAUCUUCCGUCACUUUAGUGCGGUUGUUUUUGUUGGAAAAGAGGACGGUCUUUCCUUGUAACUUUUUUUGGCUUCUUUUAUCGCUCUUUGAAUUAAUGUGCAUGGUUCUGUUUUCUCCAUUGUGUAGAAAAUUAAUAAAAUUGCGAGGAACUAUCAUGUCUGGACUGCAACGUUAUGCAAUGGCUCAAUCUGGCCAAAACUGUGAUUGGCUGUUUUUUACCAGUAAGAAUGUGAAGCAUGCUUUGGAGUCAAUAACUUUCUUAUUGAUACCGCAUGCACAACAUCUUGGCUAAGUGAACCAGCAAGACGAUUAACUCUUUCACUAGAAUUGUGAUGGCUUUCUUUUGAUGAUAAUAACGCUUUAAAAAACACUUCCAACAAUUUGGGACUUGAUGAUGCUUCUCUAGAUCCAAAGUUUUCAACAGUUGGAGGCCAAGAAAGAGGCAAUGUAUCAUCGACGGAUAUCAAUAUCAGUUCUCUCAAGAUAAAAGCAGCUUUUUUUACCAUGAACUCUUGAAAGAAGCCGGAUUUUUUGGAUAGUAUUGGACCAUGAAGACAUUCCUUACUUAUAAACGACUUGCGGUAUUUGGAGCUGCACCUGGACAAAAACUUAUUAUCUCCAUAUAGUUUCGAAAGCUCUUUUAGCUAAUAUCGGGUCUGUUUGCUUCCAACUGUUCCAUUGUACUCUACCAUGAUGGUCUCCAUUGACAAGCACUGAUGACCUUCAAGAAUAUCAUUUUCGAUCAACGACGGUACUGCAUCAAAGUUACCAAAUGUUUCAUCGUCGUCGUCAGUAGAUGUUACUGUAGAGGCUCUUUGUCGAAUAAUCUUGGUGUAAUCUAAAUAGCAUUUUUUAAGACUUCAGAAACUCUUUAGCUUUCAAAUCGGUUUCUAAAACUGCAAUAAUCAUGUCAUAGUCGUCUCUAGUCUUUGCAGAUUCUUUCAAAGUACCAUUGUCAAGUAGAGUCACAUGACAAUCACAUGACAUUCGUAAUCGCUUUGAAUAAUCGCUUUUGACAUUCUUAACGCACCUACUGCUGAGUCAUGUUAGCUUUCGUGUAAAUGCUUAAAGGUCAUGUAUAUACUUCGCUACUAAACACACUGUCUCUUCUCUGGCUACUUAACAACCAGCUUCUGUCACAAUCUUAGAUAGCGACUGACGAAUAACUUUCAAUUUUGAAACCUUCUUCUUACAUAUCAUACAAAUGUGUGGAAAAAGUCUCCUUGGCCCGGGCUUCUCCACGUGUAAACUUCGCUUCUUGUUUCAGUCUCUUCGCCUUCCAUUAACUUUCUCCUCAUCAAUGCUUUUGCAUAAGUGAAUCUCUGAUAGCAUCCUUGAUCGUAGAAUAACUCAUCAUGUUCAAAAUGUUGUGCAAGGUUUCCGCAUUGUUCUCUGUGAUAAUUCUCUUCACUAAGGUUUUGGUGAAUUACGCUUUACCCAAUCAAUGAUUAAGAUUAAAAAGCUUCCUUUAACGAGAUUUUCGGACUUGCUUAUCGAUUCAUAGUGAACGAUACAAGUUCUUUUAGAUGUCAUUUAGCUGAAAUGUUGAUUGCAAUCACCAUUUCACAAAACCAAUCUGAGGAUCUUGAGACAUACCAACAACAAACAUCAAUCACAGGCAUUGCAGUUUCAUUUGCUUUCAGAUUAGGUGUUACAAUUUGGUGUACUGUGAUGUGAUGCAAUGUACGAUACUUUGUUAUGAAGUGGAGCCAAAAAGACCCCCAAAAGACCUUAAAACAUUAUUUUUUAGAAUCAGUACACCACAAUAACCCACAAUGGGAGGAAUCUUAUCAAGCCACUUCUGUCCUUUUGCGUGAAAAAGAAAUUAAAACAUGGAAUUGAGGCCAAACGCCCACUUAUACGUACUUAUAAUAUCAAAUUUUGGAAUCAGCAUUCUAAAAUUAUCUAAAUCCAAUGAAUUUUAGAUACUUCACCGAAGGGUGGACCUUUAUAAAGCAACUUGCUCUAUUUUGAUUGACAACAAGAAUUUGGCAUGAAAUAAAGGCUGAAGGCCCCCCAACUUGCCCGUAUAGCAUCGAUUUUCGGAAUCAGCCCCCUAAAAUUACUCAAACCCACCUAAUUAGAGUUACUUCCCUGAGGGGGGAUCCUACCCCCAUUCUCCGCCUGGUCUAUUACAAUUUGUCCGUCGGCUCAUUAAGGAUUUUUGCCGAGCAAAAGAAGUUAUUUUUGCACUCACCCUGGGACCUUUUUGCAACAAUUGUAAUGUAUCAACAUUUCUGUAAACAUAUAAGGGUAUUUAUCUUUUGACCACAUCCAAGGUGAGACACGCCCUUUUUGGCGGCAAAAAGCACUCUUUUAUCCCUCAAAAAGAUUUUCUUGGCUUCGCCUUUGGUUUGGAUAGGGAAAGUCACCAGAAUCAAGUAUCUUAUAGUUAUGGUAAGAUGCUUGGAGUCUUGGAGGCACGAGUCGCACUUUGCUCAAUAUAAAUCUCGCCCUGUACACCUUUAGAUAAUGCACAAGCGGAAGUUGGGAGAUCAAAGUUUGUAUUUUUCACCCAUUCCGUAUCUUGCAGUGUAUGUGUCGGCUAAUACCUCAUUAGUGUCGGCCUGUUUGUUAUGGUCUGCAGGAAAAGCAAGGUGUUUUGGCCUCUGUCCGCUUUCAGGAAGGUCACAGGUCAAGGUCGAAAAUGGUAGAAUUAUCUAGAAAUAUUCUAGGCGUAGCUAAAAAUCUAUAAAUUUUGACAAGUCACCAGACCUGUUGUUUAUAUCCUUUAAAAGUUCAUAAUAUUAGGCACAGGUGAAGAAAGAAAUGGCGUAAUAUUUCGGAGGCCCUGGUGGUGGAUUUGUCACAUACAGUCGUCAGUGACGAGUCAGUCAUGGGUCAAGAGGGCGAGUCAAGGGGACAAAUUGCCUCAAAGUCUCAAGGUAUAGGGGACCUCAUAAAGUAAUUAAUUCCUUGUUAAGAUUGGAGUUAAUCAGGCGAGGCAAAUGUAUGUCAAAAAGUUAAAAAUUUUAAACGAUUGCAGGAUAAUGACUGUAAGACACGUUAUGAAAUUGUUUUAAGCUGAUCUGAAGAGCGUGGUCACAAAAUUAUGGCUUGGUUUUGCUCCAGGGCCUCGGAAACCCCAUGGUGGUGGGUUGGUCAUGAUGUAAAAGCCUCCCUACAACUCCCUGGCCCUCCCUCUCAAAGGCAAAAAUUAGCAAGGUACACCUUUUUUUAUAAGAACAAUUUUGUAAGAACACGAGCCUCAAAAGUUAAGAACAAAUCAAGAACAAGCUGAGGCUGAGCUUCUGCAAAAUGCAAUUUUUAACAACGUUUUUUCUCAAAAUCGAGGAUUUUUAUCGAUGUGCUUUUUCGGUGAAUAUUCAAAUUUGUCAGCAAAUUAAGGCUGUCUCACUCACUUUGUUGGCAAAUGAGGCCUGAACACCUUCUUAGAGAGAAAAAGCUAGCAAUAGCACUGCUCACACCCUCUUAAUUUAAGAACAAAUUAAGAACAAUCCAGCCUCAGAUUUUCGAAAAAAUUAAGAACAGUCAGCCUGAACUUAAAUUUACUGGUUCUUAUAAAAAAAAGUGUAGUCUUUAAAAUAAAUCAUAUUAGUUCUUCAGUCUAUUUUACUAUGCGUAUAGGCUUAUCAUGUGGUUGGUAGAGGAGGGGGUUAGAAUCGCAAGAAAAGAUUGAAUUUCACGUUUCACUUAGGGGAUACACCUCCUUCAAAGUUAUAUUUCACAGAAUACCACCUCUGACACGCCCUCCCAAAAUAAAAUAGUUGAAAAAAUGGCAAAAAGACCAGAAUUCUGCCCCAGCAAAAUCAAUGGUAAAUUAUGGCACUAAUUUAACUGUACGUCGGUCGCCAGGUACCAUCUUAAACAUUUGAUUUGGCCUUGGUCAGUUUUAACUAGCCGAUCAAGCUUUAACCGCGCAAUUUGCAUGUCUGUGCCAUGCCAAAAAUUUUUUCAUCGUCGAUUUUCUCUUUUUUGAUUGAAAUACGGGGGUAGCAGGAUGCAGUGUAGAAUUGCAAUCAAGCAACACCAAAAUUCAACGUCGCCUUUAAAAUUUGUAAACUUUUAGUUCGUUUAGCCCCGUAUGCCGGGGCGAGGGCGAUAUAUUAGCCAUCACUGAUUUGUGUGUUUGUUUUUGUUUAUUCUCGUCGCGUUGCGGUGUUCCUUAUAUACUACUAUUUUAUCGAUUUAUCCAGUGGCGGAUUUAGGGGGGCAACUAGGGGCAGUUGCCCCUCCCUCGACGAGUUGAAGCAAGUAUGGCGCCCCUUUUUUUGGAAAUUGUGCGCCCCUUUUGAAGAAUAAGAAUCAGGUGAAAAAGUUUCUGAGACCAAUAGGUUAAUUUGCUUCAAGGAUUACUUCAAAGUUAUCUUGUUUAUUCCAUUUUUAAUUAGAUUUCUUUAAUUUCGCCACAUGGUACAUUCAGAAACUUCUAUAGUUAUUUUGCGGCUCAAAUAAAUUUUGAGGUUUUUCCAGCAAAACAAAGGAUGUUUUCAGGCCAAACUGUAACUCCGUUAUUCAGCAUUUGAAUGCUGUAAUCCACUAUUUAGAGCUUUCUCCGUAUUUUUUCAAACAAAUUAUAAACCUCACCCUUUGAGCGUAUUUUUUCCCGACACAGACUUGUCUACAUUCUUUCCACAUCAGUUUUGUAACUUUGUUCAUAAUAUUUAUCUUGACUGGACUUUUAGAUAAAUGCAAAUGCUUUUUCAAAAACAAAUUACAUUAACGAUCGCUGCAGUGGCCAGUGCAGGUUGGGGUCAGGGGUCUCAUGUGCAGGGGAAGUAGUGCGGGGGAUCGGCCUGGGGAGCUGAACCUCCACGCUUAAUGUCAAAACAUCACUUAUUUCAUAUUACCACUGCUUUGUCUUUAUUUGUCCAUAAUAUAAGCAAACACAGGCUCAUCGUUCCUCUGUCUUUAGCCUCGUGCCAUGAUAAAACAUGGAGUGCUGACCCCCGUGCGACCACAUGAAUUGAGCCAGGGGUCCUGUUGCGAAAGUCCACUGCGGAAAGCUAGUAGAGAGCAGUGCAAAUAGACAAGUUGGAAUGGCGAAGGGAACAGGAGGAACCACUGAGUUAUUGCUUUGUUUGUCAGUUUUCUGUUUUGGAUUCUACGGUUCGGUGAAGGCAGCAUGUUAUCAAGCCCCCAGUUAUGACGUCACAGAGGGCAAAUACAGCUGCAGGCUACACCAAAAGAACUGGGCCAGCGAAACCUACUUUGAAUUAACUCUCAAGCACUGUCUAAAAGAACCGACUGCUAACCUUUUUAUAAGAAAUUUCCACGGCAUUGAUGAGAUUAACACAGACUUCAACAAGCGGUUCUCUGGAUGGAAGACCCAGUUGUUUGAUGGGAAAACUUCGCAGGUUGUCCUAAAAUUUUCGCUUCUGAAGGCUGAUGGAAAAUAUACCAAGCAGACCCGUGUUCAGAUCACGUUGACAUAUGUACCAAGAUUUGGCAAGCCUGAUACCCAACAGAUAUUGAUUGCUGUUUUUCCUUUUGGUGAUCGAUCAGACUGUAUUUGGGCAGAAACUUUGGAAUUGCAUAAUCAGAUAUUUUUUGGCGGUGGACUCUGCAUCGCUUUCAUUCUGAUAGGAGCGGCAGUCUGUUGCUAUAGGAGACACAAAUCAAGGCGAUACCAACCGGCGCUCACUGAAAAAGUUCGUCUUUAAAUGCAAAAAUGACUGGUCAAGUCCAAACAUUUGUACAUUCUAAUAUUUGAAUAAUACUUUAAUUGGGGUUGAUAAUUUUGCUUUGCUUUUAGUUUCGUUUCAAUUUAGCUUAAAUCUGUUUAUAAAAAAUGACACAUUUUUUCUCUUGACUUUUUGAAAUUUUUUGUAGCAGAAAUGAGAAAGGUCGGAUCAUAAAAGGCUCUUUCUUAAAAUUAUUCAAAUGGUUCUUCGACUUUAUCAGUUGCUAACAAAAGGAAGCUAAGUAUUAGCAUCUCCAGCGUCGAAAAAAGUCCUGUUUCAUUCUUUAAAAAUAAUUUGAAAUUGCAAGAUAAAUCUGUUUUUAUCGCAGCGUAUUUGUAUUUGUUUCUACCUAGCAUCCGAAGGUAGUUUUUAGGACACUGAGAAGCUAUACUUAUCGAGCAGUGUCCUAGUCCUUCUUCUCGAUGUGACCACACCUCGUGUUUCCUACACCUGGAAUUACAGAGAGCUGGCGACUCUCCUCAUUCUGGGUGAAAGUUUGGUCAUGCCAGGGGCUCGAACCACGGACCCUUGGGUCUGUAGUCAGCGCCUGUAACAACUGAGCCAUCCUCGCAUAUCGCAGGGCUGUAGUGGCUACGGGCUUAAGGACAUGCUCGCUCCCUUCCAAUGUACCAGAAUGCCGCACGGGUGGAAUACCUGUCUUUGAUCUGUGCAAUGUUCCUGUAACAUUUUAAAUUGUAUUUACCGUAAGAAAAUAGAACGAGAUGACUUUAUGAUGUGAUCAAAGAAUGAUUUUGUAACAUGAGGGCAAAUAUUUGAUUGAACCUCACAAAGAUCUGGAAUUUUCGUUUAACGGCUACAAAUUUUUCCGUAAGUUGCCCUUCACUAGGCGUCCGUGCAUAGGAAUUGAGCGUACUGUCGCAGCUGUUAUGGUUUAAAUUUCAAAAAUGGAUUUUUUGGCAAAGAGGGUUGAGAAGAUCAAGGGUUUUCUUACGAUCCUGGUGGUGUUACACAACUUUCCUUGUGGUAAGGUUACAAAUAAAACUUAUUGAUUUAUCUGUGUGACAGUUUUUUUGGGGGGUCCGGUGACCAGCUUAAGCCCAGUGUUUCUUAUAGGACACAGAAGUCUUAGAUUAUGGUGAACAUACUGAAAUUUCUUACAAUCUCCUGCUUUUCUUGAAAGAUGCCAGUGAAAAGGUCAAUUGAGGAUUUUCGCAUACAGAGGGUCUUUCUGGGUCCAUCUAUCAGCAUGGGUUUAUUGAAAUAAAUUUUGUCUCUCGAUCUUGCUAGUACCACACCCAUUUUGGAACAAAUGACAGUAAGCUCAUGAUGAUUAUGAAUCAACUUUUGAACAACUU